AUGUCCUUGAGACUUAGUCUACUUACCUGGGUGCAACCCGUCCUAGUCGCUGUCGCCUGGCUGUUACUAUUGCUUGUGUCGAUUACACCCAUCCCGAAGAGCAUUUACUUUCUGCGAAUCGCAGCUGACGUCUCGGCCUCGUUCUUGAAGUCUGGCGUCAGCGGCUCUGUUCGUCUCGGGGUCUGGGGCUAUUGUACCACUGGCUUGGACGUCUCAGUCUUAGGCACCAGUCACGAUAGUGCUGGAGGGUGCAGCCCUCGCCACCUCGGAUACCAAAUCGACCCAAGUCUGGCCAAAGCUCUUCACGUGAACGACCUCACAGACGCCAUCUCGGAAACGCUCUCCGCUGCAUUAGCCUUGCACGUCAUUGGCUGCGUCCUCGUCUUCCUGGCUUUAUGCAUCUUCCUUAUUCCCGUCGUCCUCGAGUGUGUCGGCAGAGGUUUCGGUGUUGUUAGCGAUGCACGCCUGAGCUUGGCCUACGUCGCCGUGACAAGCUUGGCCUUGUUCAUCACUCUAUUGGCGUUCAUAUUUGACAUCGCGUUCGUUUCUGUCGCACGUUCGAAGAUCAACAAGGCUGCUGACGGCGCGCUACACGUCUCCGGAGGAAGUGCUACCUGGUUGACCUUGACUGCUACAAUACUCAUUGCCAUUGUCCUCAUAAUGGCUGUUGUACGUCAUCGUAGCAAGAAUUUCAAGGGACUGAGACGAGGUCCUCCUGACGACGAAAAGAGAUAUCUUGGCUUCAGUAACACUCACCCCUCCUACUAA